AUGGAUCGCUCGGACAGUUCCACCUUCAGCCCUAUUCGGGACUUACAAGAGGUUGCCCUCUUUGGCCCUCAAGUAACACAUUGGACAAAAGAUAGUCUUUCAACCCUCCAGUCCACACUUCUCCAAACCACAAACCUCGAUUUCCUCAAAAACGCCCUUGCAGAAAUUUCAUCUUCGUGGUCCAUACUCAAGAAAGGCUUCGACGCGUCGAAUAUCAACGCCGAAGAAAAACUUAAGGAACUCGAAAACUUCGCGACGGGAGGCACCAUCCCCGACCCUCAAAAUCUUGGCAAUACGCAGUUAGCCCCACUCACGAUAGUAUCGCAAGUGGUGGAUUACGUCCGUCUUGCUGGUGAUCGGGAUGACCUAAUAGACUUCAAGGCGGCGCAAGGAUUUUGCAUCGGGUUCCUGUCAGCCGCUGCUCUUGCUUCCUCAAGCGAUUGGACACAAUUUAAGCACAACGUAUCGAACAGUUUGCGCUUGGCCGCCUGUAUCGGUAUCGCCAUUGACGCAGAAAAUGCGUCGCAUUCUCAUCCAGACCGGGCGACAGCAGUCGGUGUUCGCUGGAAAACGCCUUCCGACUGGGCAUUCUUGGAGACAUCCUUAGAUAUCUUCCCAGACGCCUAUGUAUCCUGCGUAACGGAUGACCGAACGCUUACGAUCACGUUGCCAAACCGCGAUCAAGAAGCGUUCUGCUCUCGACUUCGGGAAUUCAAGAUAGCAACUACCAGCAUUGGUCUUGGCGGCUACUAUCACCACCAGAGACACGCCAAAGCUGCCCAAACUCUCAAGCAGCUUUUCUCUAGUGCCCUCAAAUUCCAACUCCCUAGCGCUGAAAAAUUGCGCUUACCCUUAAGAUCUACUUCAGAUAUUGGGCUUAUCUCGACUGGAUCUCUGCACGAGAUCGCCCUCGACCUAAUUCUUUGCAAGCGAGCUCAUUGGUUCCAAACCGUGAAGCUUAGCACGGCCGAUAUCCCCCACGACCAGCUCAAGUUCGUUCCUCUCGGAAACGAAUCUUGCGUCCCACGAUCACUUUUGUCGAACAAGCCCAACUCAACAAAUGGCGAUGUACCGGAACUCAUUCGUGGCGUUGAAGAAGUUGCAGUGGUUGGUAUGGCUUGCCGUUUCCCUCAGGCCGACUCCCUAGAGGAGUUCUGGCAAUUAAUUACAUCCGGCACGACAUCGACUACCGAACUCCCUCUCGAACGAUUCAACACCAAGGAUAUCACUCGAGGCCCCAACAUGCCUAGGUUCUUCGGCAAUUUCCUCCGCCGACCAGAUGCGUUCGAUCACAGAUUUUUCGGUGUCUCUGGCCGAGAAGCCAAGUCCAUGGACCCGCAGCAACGACUUGCUUUGCAAGUCGCCUACGAAGCCUUGGAGUCUUCCGGAUACUGCGGCUUACGGCCCGAAGAGAAGGAGACUGAUGUAGGCUGCUACCUCGGUGUUGUUAGCGGUGACUACGAAGAGAACGUUGCGUGUGACAACGCUAACGCUUUCUCUGCUACGGGUACGCUGCAAGCCUUUAUCACUGGUCGCAUUAGCCACCACUUCGGCUGGACUGGUCCGGCUGUCUGCUUAGAUACUGCUUGCUCCUCAUCAGCGGUUGCGAUACACACUGCCUGCAAGGCAAUCUUGUCGGGAGAAUGCGCUAUGGCCCUGACUGGAGGUGUUAGCAUAAUGACGAGCCCGAACAUGUACCAAAACCUUUCUGCUGGAGGUUUCUUGAACACCACCGGUGCUUCGAAAGCCUUCGAUGCGUCGGCCAAUGGAUACUGCCGUGGUGAGGGUGCUGGUAUCAUCGUGCUGAAGAAGCUCUCGAGGGCAGUUGUUGAUGGUGACACUAUCAUCGGUGUCAUCUCCGGCUCGGCCGUCAACCAAGGUUCCAACCUUACCUCUAUCACGGUACCCGAUUCUGGAUCCCAGGGUACGCUGUACAAGCGUGCGCUUUCUAUGGGUCUGCUAGAGCCUAAGGAAGUCACCUAUGUCGAGGCUCACGGCACCGGUACCCAAGUCGGAGACCCGAUCGAGUACGAAAGUGUCAAGAGGUCACUUACUGGUCCCUGGCGAAACGACAACGUGUUCCUCGGGUCUGUUAAGGACAAUAUCGGCCACACUGAAGCUGCUUCAGGUGUUGCUGCGGUCAUCAAGACGCUCUUGAUGAUGCAGUACAAGACCAUUCCCAAGCAGGCCAACUUCAAGUCCCUCAACCCAAAAAUCAACGCAUCCGACAGCAUAAUAGUACCGAAAGCCACCCAGUCAUGGACCGCCAAGCGAUACGUUGCCCUUGUGAACAACUACGGUGCUGCCGGUAGCAACGCCGCAAUUGUACUCCGAGAGCACGCUCCGAUUGAGAAGCCUUCCAAACCCCAGAACUUGCGAUCUUCCGUUGGAUACCCAAUCCUGCUCUCUGGCAAGACCACAAACAACCUUCAGUCUAACAUGGAUGCGCUCCGCUCAUACUUGUCUAAGGCCACAGCUUCUUUCGCUGACGUAGCGUACAACGUCGCCCGAAGGCAAGACUCGUCUUUUGAGCAUCGCGCCUCAUUUGUGGCGGCCGAUGCGCAAAGUCUCAUCGCUGCUCUCGGCAGCCCCACCGCUAGAGCGGAUGCUACCGUGUCGCGAAAGACCAAGGUCCCAGUUGUCCUAUCAUUCGGCGGCCAAACUGGUAAUAACGUAACCAUUUCGAAGGAAUUGUACGAAAGCAGCGAUCUUCUUCGCAGCCAUUUGGAUAAAUGCGAUGCUGUCUGCCGGUCGCUUGGUCUUCCCAGCAUCUUCCCCGAAAUCUUCCAAGGCGUCGAUGUUGAAGAUACGAUCAAGCUCCACUGCAUGCUGCUUUCUCUACAAGUUUCUUGCGCCAAGUCAUGGAUUGACAGUGGUCUUGAAGUUGAUACCGUUAUCGGUCACAGCUUCGGCCAGCUUUCCGCGCUUUGCGUUGCCGGCUCUGUCUCUCUUGAGGAUGCAUUCCGUCUUGUGGCUGGUCGUGCACACUUCAUCAAGAACAACUGGGGUCCCGAGCGUGGUGUCAUGGUUUCUGUAGAGUGCGGUCGCAAGGAGCUUGACAAUGUUGUCAGCCAGAUCAACUCGAUGAAUGGUCUCCGCGUGGAUGUCGCAUGCUACAACGGUCCCCGUAGCUUCGUACUUGCUGGUGACAAGGCAUCCAUGGAGAAGGUUGAGGAAGUUUGUCAGUCUUUCAAGACCACCAAGCUUCGCAACGCCUAUGCUUACCACUCUUACCUCGCCGAUAACAUUUUGGAUGGAUAUAGGAAGGUAGCUGAGUCGGUUACAAUCCGAUCACCCCGCAUCCACGUCGAGACUUGCUCCAGCAAUGGCGCUUGGACCAAGUUCACCGCUGAGGAAAUUGUUCAGCACACCCGAGGAUCCGUCUACUUUUCCGAUGCAGUUGAGCGCAUUACUGCACGCUCGCCCUCGGCUAUCUGGCUUGAAGCUGGAUCUGCUACUCCUAUCAUCGCGAUGGCGCGUCGCAUUGCGCGAAAGCCAGAAAGAGCGGAUACUUUCAUCUCCAUGGACCUGAAGGGUGUUGAUGCGGCGGCAAACCUCGCCAACGCUGUAAACCAAUUGUGGAAGGCUGGUGGUGCAGCAAAAUACUGGCCUUUCCACCGCUCUUCAAGAGCUUCAUACAGUCACCUCAACCUCCCUCCCUACCAAUUCGACGCUACUUCGCACUGGAUUGACUUCAAGUCGGCGGCGGCAUUGGUGCCCUCCCAGCCCGCUGAAGCCCCGGUCGCUAAACCCACCAAACUCGUGAACAUGGUGGAAAGUGGCCGCGUUGCCGGAGAGCACCUAUUUCUCAUUGACACCACUAAUGCUGCCUACGACAUGUCCGUGCGAGGACACGCCGUUACAGGUCAGACUCUCUGCCCCGCAUUUAUGUAUGUCGAGAUGGCGACGAGGAGUGCUAUGGAAGUUCUUUCUAGCAAGCCUGCUGUUCAGAGACUUCCCCACGUCGAGGGAUUAAACAUUCACGCACCACUUGGCCUAAGCGGUGAUUCCGCUCUGUACCUCCGACUCCGAGAAUCUGCUCAAGAAACUUGGGACUUCUCAGUUUACACACAAGAGUCUGAGAAAGAGAAUGUCGAGCACGCGCGCGGUCGCAUCAACUUGGCCCCUGUUGAUGACAUCGCCGCGGAAAGCCGAUUGAAGAUGUUAAAGAGGGUUGCUCGAAGCUCUGGCGUUGACAGAAUUCUCAAUUUGCCUUCAGCUACUGGUCUUAGCGGUUCAAUUGUCUACAAACUCUUCUCGGAGAUUGUGGAAUAUGCGGGCUACUAUCGCGGAGUUAAGAGCCUGUCGGCCUCGGAGAACGAGGCGGUCGGUUCAGUGGUCGUUCCAGCUGAAAAGCCUUUCGGCUUGGAUACUGGAAUUGUCGACCCUAUUGCUCUUGACAACUUUGUCCAAGUUUCGGGCAUUCACGUCAACUGCCUUGCCCCUCGUCGCGACGAUGAAGUCUUCAUUUGCAAUGCUAUUGAGGAGAUCAUCCUCUCUGCGCCAUUCAUGGCUAACCGCUCCGAUUCCCGCGCAUGGACCGUUCACACUCGAUAUGAGACCGUCGCCAAGGGUGCUAGAACAAACGACAUCUUCGUUUACGAUGCAAAGACCAAGGACCUAGUCUUAGCUAUCAUGGGUGCUCACUUUACAAGCGUCCCUUACAAGUCAUUGGUUAGGGCUCUUACCAAGGCCAACAAAUCUGCCCCUGCUAUUAUGGUCGAGACUGUUUUCGGAAAGAGCACAUACGACAGCGACAGCGACCAGGUCGACUCUGGAUACCAAACUCGUGUCCCAUCGCCACCCGCCGAAGGAUCCAGGGAACAGCCUAAUGUGCUUGAGCCUCUUCCUAAGAGGCCUCAGGUCCAGCAAGCUGCUCCAGAGCCAGCUAAAGCGGAUAACACCGUUCAAUUAGUACGCGAGAUGUUCAGCUCCAUCAUGGAGAUUCCGAUUGAGGAGAUCUUGCCCACAUCGGACUUGGCCGAGCUCGGUGUUGAUUCGCUGCUAUCUACUGAAAUCUUGUCUGAAGUUGAGAAGCGAUUCAGCGUCAGUGUUUCACAGGAUCAGUUCAUGGACUGCACCGACAUCCUUUCCCUCUGCCGCUUCAUCCAGCCGAACGACACGAUCGAAGCUCCCCAGAUAACCGUCGAGAACCCCAGCCUUGCCGAUCAACUCUCCAGCAAUUUGCCUGACGACAAGAGCGAGAUCACAGACAAUGAGACCGUCUACGAGGAACAAACCGAUAACAACUUUGCGGUAGUGUGCCGUGAGAGCUUUAUUAAGGCUUCAAGCUCCUUCGACAAGCACGCAGCGGCGACUGGUUUCACCAACUUUUGCGGUGAGGCUUUCACAUUGCAAUCCAGACUUGUCGUUGCCUAUGUCGUGGAAGCUUUCUCUGCCCUUGGCAGCGACCUCCAAGCCGUCAAGCCCCACGGAAAAGUCCCCGCGUUCCAAUUUGAGGAGAAGCACAAGCACCUCAUUCCCCAGCUAUACAAGAUCCUAGAAGAUGCAAGCCUAGUCAAGAAGGAGAGCGACGGCACAUUCAAGCGCACGGAUGUACCAAUCCCGACCAUACCUUCAUCGACUCUACACGAGGAAAUGCUACAGAAGUUUCCUGCUCACGGUUCGGAGACAAAGCUUCUACGCGUGACUGCACACAAGCUUGCUGAGUGCCUUACUGGAGCGGCCGAUCCUUUGGCUUUGAUGUUCCGAGAUGCGACUGCGCGUGAGUUGCUCGGAGAUGUCUACACCAACGGACCAAUGUUCAAGGCCAUCACAAUGCUUCUUGCCGACUACCUUUCAUCCGUCCUGGAGAACUUUGGUAACACCAACCGUGAGAUCAAGAUUCUCGAGAUUGGUGCUGGUACCGGAGGCACAACCAACUACCUUGUUCAAGCACUCUCCAGCCUCGGUAGCAAGCAGAAGUUCUCUUACACAUUCACCGAUAUCUCUUCCUCACUCGUAGCCAAUGCGCGCCGCAGAUUCUCCAAGUGGUCGUCGUUCAUGCAUUUCGCGACUCUCGACCUUGAGAAGGAGAAUGCGCAGUACGCUGGUGCCUAUGAUAUCAUCAUUUCGACCAACUGCGUGCACGCUACCCCUGAUCUUGUAAACUCAACUAGCCAGAUCCGCAAGCUUUUGCGCCCUGAGGGUGUCCUAUGCUUAGUGGAGUCGACCCGCAACUUGUACUGGUUCGAUCUAGUGUGGGGUCUCGUUGAGGGCUGGUGGGCAUUCAACGACGGCCGCGAGCACGCGCUUGCACACGAGUCGCGAUGGAAGCGAGAUCUUACUACUGCUGGCUACAAGUGGGUAGACUGGAGCAACGAUGCAUCUGCUGAAUCCGAUCUCCUAAGGGUUAUCACUGCGUCUCCGUAUAAUGCGGGACCUUCUGGCGAAUGCGUCGAGGAAGUUGAGCGCAAGCUUGAGACCAAGCAGACCGUGACUUUCAAGAAAGUGGACGGCUUAGAUCUUCAAGCUGAUAUCUACUACCCUUCCGAAAAGGUCGAGUCUGGAAAGACUCUUCCCGUAGCUCUCAUGGUACACGGAGGCGGACACGUCAUGCUUUCGCGAGACGAUAUCCGACCGGAGCAAACAGACAUGCUCCUCAAAGCGGGUUUCCUUCCCAUCAGUGUCGACUACAGGCUUUGUCCCGAGACGACAUUGAGAGAAGGGCCUAUGACCGAUGUUGGAGACGCAUUAGGAUGGAUCCGAAAUGUGCUCCCCAACAUGACGCUCGCGCGCUCGGACGUUCGAGUCAACGGAGAAAAGGUAGUAGCCGUGGGUUGGUCCACCGGCGGCACAAUUGCCAUGUCUCUCGCAUGGACCACUCUUCCAAAGGGCAUCCAACCUCCCAACGCCAUCCUCGCUUUCUACUGCCCCACCGACUACGAAGACCCCUUCUGGAUGCAGCCCAACAUCCCCCACGGCUCCAAAGCCAAAGAACACACCUACGAAUACAACGACGAGCUCUGGGAAGCCAUCUCUGACUCCCCAAUCACUAGAUACAAUGUCCCUACCAAGAAGCGUGCUCUUGGUGGCUGGAUGGCACCUAGCGACCCCCGCAGUCGCCUAGUGCUACACAUGAACUGGCACGGACGCGCAUUACACGUUCUGCUUAACGGCAUGAACAAAAACAACAAACGGGAACCGGGCACCCCGUCUGCAGAGCAAAUCGCGGCCGUUAGCCCGCUAGCUCAAGUGCGAAGCCAAAACUACGUCACACCUACCUUCAUCAUCCACCCUCGCCAGGAUGACUUGAUCCCCUGGCAACAAGCAGUGCGCACAUACGAGGCGCUUAACACCCGAGGAAUUGACUCGGAAUUGCGCAUCGUAGAGGGUGUACCGCACUUGUUUGAUCUAUACCGCGAGCACCAGAGCAAUGCCGAGACGCAAGCUGCUGUAGCCGACGGAUAUGAGUUCCUUUGUAAACAUGUUGGAUUAACGCUGCGCAAAUAA